CAAGAUGUCAAUUUUGUUUGAUGCUAAUGUAUUUUACUACAAUAUUUAGUUCGUUUGAGAUACAAAAAUGGUUUUAUUUAUUUAGUUGUGGUUAAAAAUCAAUCACAAAAAUGAAUCGAAUGAGUAACGGUAGUUCAACAAUUUCGACAUCCGUUAAGGAUAAGUCGAAAGAUUGGCAACUGGAAAUAUUAAUGGAAAAGUUACGAUCGAAAGCUACACAGUUUAAAGGACUACCAGAGAUUUCUAAGAAUGUUCGAAUGGCUAUGCUUGAUAAGAGAUAUGCAUUAGAUAGUGUAGAUAAAAGCCAGCAUCAAAAAUGUUUGGACACUCUUCAACAUUCAAUUAAAGUAACAUCAUUUCAAAGUAUGAUUGAAAGAUUGGAAAGUUUAACCAGACAGUUGGGGUUAAAAUUCGUUGUGGAAUCGACGGGUGUAUUCAUUUCAUCAGAUAUGUUCUACUUAGAGAUCGUGCUGGACACGAGCGGCGUGGUCAAGGACGUGAAGAUCCAUCAUGAAGGUAAAACAGAGCAGCAGAGCUGUCUUGAGCUCGUGAAUUGUUUGUCGAGUGGAGAUUUCGCCGAUUUUACAGCCCAGCUGGAAGGUUUCGUUUCGAUUUACCAGUUGAAUGCCGAGAAAAAAGUCAAAUGCAAGGCGUUCACUGCACUGGAAUCAUUAGAAGCCGAUCUGAAUACUUUAGCCCAGCUUCAAGGGUUUAUGAAGGAGCCGUUUAAUCUCAUCCAUAAAUCACCUGUGGGCAUACUGGAGAAGCGCAAAGGCGGGCAUCCAAUGAAACUGACUUAUUUUGUGUCACCUUAUGAUUUAUUGAACGUGGAUCGAGGUGACUUAGAUUCUAUUAGUAUCGAAAAUGUUAUCAGGAAGUCGCUUGGUUACAAUGUAACUGUAUGUAUGGAGGGAGCGGCUGCCCACAAACUCCAAACGAGCACCCUGAUAACCGUUAAUCGUUCUAUGAAUGGAAAAGGGACCCCUUCGUAUUCGCCACUGACCAAUCAAAACAGUACUGUGAUACCAGCCUGUUUCGUGCUGAAAUUGAAUAAGCCAAUGCCCAUGUGUUUGGGUUUAGUGCGCAAGAUCCAACAGAUUCAGCAGUGGUCGGAAGUCGACAAUCAGACGCCUCAACCAAUGCUCAAUCUUAUCGUCAAACACGUGAGUGAUGGAAAGAUGGAAUGUGCCAACAACAGAGGACUUUUUGUUACAUUGCCUGACCAAACUCAUUGUUACUUUAUGACAGACAACAAGACCAUGGAAGGCGUGUUAGUACAAAGCAUUCCGUUUACACAUCCUGCUCAUGUGGCUAACAUUCUAAUGAUUUUGAGAGAACAAGCCCUCUUCAAUACCAUUAUCAGUAGUUGUGUUAGACCUAAAAGUCGACAAGAUUUCGAAAACAUGACAAUGUUCGAAGUAACCGCUCUCUCCCCGACCCACGUGUCCAUUUCGCUGGAGCAUCCGCUUGACGAAAGCAUGGCGACUGUAGAGAUGGAUCUAUCGGACAUUGGACAGUUGACGUGUCGCGUACAUGGACCUGGAACUCCGCCACCCCCCAAUGCUCCCCCCGAUCCUGCCAGUGAUCUCGGUACCCGCAUCCUAAAUCGGUCGUUUUCUGUGCCGGUUACAAUGCGUUCGGUUAUCCGACUGUGGGAGUCUCAAUCUGCAAGGGAGAAUAUGUAUAACGGGCAUGAAAAUUUUAGUUUACCCCUCGGUUCCGGCGACCCGGGAGGUCACAAGGGCGGUCCAGGUAACACACUGACGGAAUACGGGGGGUUAAACACGAAAGUGAAGGAGGAACCGACCACGAACACGGGCCACAAUAUGAUGAUGCAAGGCCAUCAGGGCAUGUUUUUGAAUGAAUCAGUGUUGGCGAAUGCAAAUUUUUCAAAUUUCCCACCUUCUGAAGGGGUACUGUCCAACAUGGAGCUGUUAAGCAGCUUCGGGGACAAGUCGAAGCGUCAGAAGCGCAAAGCGACCGACGAGCUGUGGAAGAGCAGCAAGAGGAGGGUGGGAGAGGACGACCUGAUUGAGUCGUCUAGUUGCGAUUCAACGUCGCGCAGUACCCCACUAUCGCAGGAGAACGACACGAACACCCCUAACUCGGCGUUGGGGUUUCAGCCGUCGGAUUUUGAACUGUCCUCGCUCGAUCCCGCCGAAUUGCUGCAGAGCGAGGACAAGGACGGCGACGCGGAAUUCGAGGGCAUUGACGAACUGGCCGACGUCGAGGACAUUCUAGCCGCCGGUGCCGUCAACGAGGCUCUAAAAAACGACGAACCGCCGCUCUUGGACAACAAGAGUUCAGUGAUGACAUCGGCAACGUUGAGCAUCACCCCGGUUACUGCCGGUUCGCCGGGGUUUAGUCCGGGCGGCGUCGUCCCUGAAACGUCCGUCCGACCCGGCAUUGAGAUAAUACCUUUGGCGCACGCUUCCAUGAUACCCAGUUCUAUCACAAUUACGCCUAUAUCAUCGUCGACAUCGUCCAAAUCGUCCGAAGAAAGGUCCAAAGACAAAAAGAGUAGCAAGAGUAAAUCCGACGAUAAAAACCGACUGGAAAAGAAAAAGAAGAAAAAGCGGGAUGGAAGUCCUAUGGGACCACCGGAUAAAGUUCCUAUGAAGCAGGAUCCACUCCUAAAACCGGUAUCGGUUAGCAUUAAACCCGCGGAGUCCCCACCUUCACAUAUAUCCGCCCCCGGCACACCCACAUCUCCCGGAAGCAUGAUGCGAAAGUUUAGUGCAUCACCGACUCACAACCGGCCAUCGAUAUCUUCUUUGAGUGGGAAACUCAGUCCGAAUUUGGUGAAGUCAAGCUUGAAGACUGGAUCGUCCGUUUCGACACAUCAAAGUCCGAAACAUUCCCCGGCGCACAUUGCUAGCAGUCCUAAGCACAUGUCUUCAGGCAUUUCAAGUCCCAAGCAUGUUACAUCACCGAAACAUCCGGCUGCAGGUGGCGGUUCAGGUGGCAAACCUAGCAUGUCGACAUUGAAGAGUGCCGCCAAUUCACCAUCGGGAAAAGGUGGCAGCAGUGGUGAUUCUAAGAACAAGUCGUCGCUGAGUUCAUCCAAAGAUUCCUCCUCGUCCAGAGAUAAGGACAAGAAACAGUCAUCAUCAUCAUCAUCAUCAUCAUCAAGCAUGUUCAGUUCCAGCAACUCAAAAUCUAAAUCGUCAUCUUCUGUGAAGGUUAAACCGUUGGAUUUGAAUGUCGGAAUGGAGACUACACAAGAAGGUUUGUCAUCGCCAAGCGGUGGGGGAGAUUCUAGGUCCAAUCCAAAUCAGGUCAGGAACAGAAAAGGUUCUCUUUCCGCCAUAGUUGAUAAAUUAAAGGUAAACGCGCAGCAUUGCGACAGUGCCACGGACCUGACAACAAAAUCUAGCAGUAACCGCGAUAACCGCGAACGGACAAGUCAAUCAUCAAACAAAUCGUUGGUGGACGCGAGUAAAAUGUGUACAAAAGUGGGCGAACCAAAAAACUCGGAAUAUAUGGUGAAACCCAGUUCAGAUGGCAUGAAGAUUACGAUCAACAAAACGCGUGGCAAGGAGAGCAAAUCAUCGAGUACGAACAAAUCCUCAAACACGGGUACGGGUUCACCAAAAAUACACACGGGCUUAAAACCGGGAGUUAAUAGCGGACCGGCGUCAAAAAAGUCUGUGUCCAAAGAACAGAUACUGAAGAACAAUAGCAUAUCGGGGAGCGCGACCAACGCCGCCAUGGUCGGUACAAGUUCCUCCGCUUACAACAGUUUGAAAGGUUCCAGUUCCAGUAACAGCGCCAAAAAUCAUUCUCUUAUGAUGGGUUCUAAACUACCAAAUACCGGAUCUAAAUCAAUAUCUAAACAGUCCGGUUCCCCGAAAACCUCAACCGGGUUGAACUCCGCGGAUUUCAACCGUUCCAAAGAUAGGAUAAAGAGUUCUAAGAGCGGUGUGGAAAAAUCAUUUUUUACAAUGAAAGAGAGAGGCAAAGGCAGUCCAACUCCUGGAAAGGAUGAUAGUGAAGGAAUUCCGAAGAUUACGCAACUGAAUACAUAUCCAUCAAUGGAGGGUAUAAUUAAACAACUUGACUUCAAGAAGUUCCAAAUACCUAAACUGUCUGCAAGAUCGUCCGAAGAUAAGAAAUCCAUGAACAAAGAUACACCUAAUAAUAUCGGGAGAAGUACUGUGGACACUAAUAUUUUCGAGACCACUUCUUUGCCUAAAUAUGCGAAUCCUAUUACCUUCCCUAAUAAAACUUUUGAAAAUUCUUUGGAACAGAAGCGGAACAAUGUAAAUAUAAACUUGAAUAUUGGUACCAGUGGUUUGAAGAAUGAAGAUAUGGACGAUAAAAAGAAGGAUUUGUCUCAGAGUUUGUCAAGUUCUCAAGGAACACAAAAUUGACUAGGUCUGCUUACACUAUAUGAAGCUUUUAUGUGGAAAAUGUUACAAGUUACUUAUGCGAAGAUCCAUAUUAACUAUCAAAUACUGCCAGUUUCGUGAGAAAUUAUUUUUUUACUACUUAAAUAGGACUUUGAAGACUUAACCGCCAUCAUCUUGUGGACAAAAGUAUUUAUUUGAUGUAAUGCCGCAUUUCAUUCCAUAUUUACAUGUACUUACGUGACACGGUAUCUGAACGUUCUUCCUAGUUUUGACGUUAAAAUUUCCGUGUACUUAAUUGCCAAUACCGACUUGUAGGAUGUUUUUACGUAGUAAUGAAAUAUUUCCGAAGUUGAUGCCAUAAUAAUAAUAAUAAUUAUUCUAGACUAAAGACAAACCAAAAUCAAAAUAUUGACGUUUUCAUCAUUAUAAUCCAAAACAAUGGAAACAUGGCAAAUUUAGCCAAUUAGAAAUUUACAUUUUGAGAAGUAUUUGCAGUGGUAUGCUAUAUAAGUGACUUAAAAGACUGAUUUACUAAUGUUGAGUUAUUUGUCUUUAUUUGAGUACAAUAUAUCUGUCUUUACUUUUUGAAUUACACCAUGUCUCUGGUGCUAAUUAUUUAUAAUUCAAAUUAGUAUAUUUUGUUUGUUACUACCUUAUUUAUAAAUUGUGAAAUAUGUUUUAUUUGAAGUUCCAGUCAAUCUUACAAAUUCAUCUAUCUUGUUUUUUAUUUUAUUUUGUAUAAAUUUAUACAAUUAGGUAAACUACCACUUGUGAUAGAUAAACUAGAGGUUGGCGUCGAAUAUUUCAUUCACUUGUCUAUAGCAGUCUGCUAGGACUUAAUGGAACUUUAUCCUAGUGUAUUUUGUAUAUAAAAUUCUUUAAAUAAUUGUAUAUAUGUAUGUAAUUAGAAAACUUAUUAGUUGUAAAGUAUUAUUGUGUAGGCAAUAUUUUAUAAUAUUUUUAAAAUACGUGUAUAUAUUAGUAUUUUUUACUUACGCAAUAAUGUACUUUUCAUCUUAUGUUCGUCUCGUCUUCAUUGUACAGUACAUUUUGUUUCAGUUUUUAUUUUCUUAAUUUAAUGAUGUUAUCUAUUAUACCUGAAUAAAUAUUUAAUUUAUUAGA